GCCAAAUUUCUGAAGAUGGUCAAUGUUCUUCUUGCAAAGAUCAUUUGCUUUCCAUUGAUCUUUCCAAUGAACAAGUCAAAAUUUUUAAGGAAGCGAUUUAUAAAAUUGCUACUGGCUCAGAAGAGAAAAAAGUACGUUUCGAUGAGUUUGUUAACUGGCUGGACGGCACUGCGCCUUUUGAUAUAUUUAUUGAUGGCGCUAACGUUGCUAUGUACAACCAAAAUUUCGAAACGUCGAAGUUCAGUUUUUACCAAAUCGAAAAAGUGAUUGACUCAAUUGAGAAGAAUUUUGGCGGGAAAAGGGUCCUUGUAAUUAUCCACGAAGGCAGACUAAAGCCUCAUCUUAUUAAUCGUGAAGAUUUACAGAUUCUUAAUAAACUAAAAGCCAAUAAAAGUUUGUAUGUUGCCCCAUACGGAAGUAAUGAUGAUUGGUAUUGGAUGUUUGCUGCAUUAAAUUCCUUGCAUACUUCGCCGUUCGACGGAAAAGUUGUUACCAACGACCACAUGCGCGAUCAUCACUUUCAACUUCUGCAUCCUUUUUAUUUCAGACUUUGGAGAGAACGCCACGUGGUUCGCUUUGACUUUGAACGAGGCCAACUUUUUUUUUAUCCGCCUUCCAAAUUUUCUAAAAGAAGUCAAUUCAAUAAUAAUAACUGGCAUUUUGCUUUCGAUGCUGAAGCAUUUAAUGAAGGCGAAAAAGUCAUUGAAAACGCUGCAAAUGAAUUUUUAAACGCAACCAACAACUUUGCUUUUAGCGGAAAAACGGAAUGCGGACGUGAAGUAUCUGGUGGCGAAGGUCAAGGCCGCACUCAGGCGCUUUCCCCUUUACUAUGCGGCAAGAGAAUGCAUUCCCUGCGAAACAAAAGGCAAUUGUAUUUGUCUUACAUCCAGCCGAUAAUGACAUACGCGUCUGCUGCUUGGAAUUACGACUCCACUACGAUAGCGUCGGCAGCUCAAGUGCAACAGAACAAAUUGCUGAGCGAUUUGGCAGACACUCCGUGGUUUGUGUGUAAUGAUGUUCUUCACUGGGACCUUUAG